AUCCUUAACUUCUUUUGCGGUGAACAAUGGCCGGUUUUCUGGGUCGGGAGCCAUGAGCAUGGCGGUGACGAGGCCUCCGAUGCUUGUUCCGGCAACCACGUCAAAAUAAUCGGCAAUCCUAGCAUGGGGCCCGUCGAGCUUCUGAAGCUCGGAUUCGAGAAAACCAAGGAUUACGCCCGGGAUUAUGCCUCGAACUCCACCGCCUUAAAAUCACUUUCGGAUCGUUUACGUGUAAACAGAAACAAAAUCAAAGGAAAGGAUUUCGUCUAUGUCGUUUGCAGGACUCGCCGUCCAAUGGACGACUCCAUUCACAUAAGCAUAAGGAUUGGGCCAUGGCGUGAGGUCGUGAAGAAUGCGGUUCGUUAUAUCCUCCCAAGAAUCGGACUUGAGCGAGUACAACUUGGCAUGACAAGUACUGGCCUUUUCAAAGACAUUAUCGAAAAAUCUAACAACUUUGAAAUCUCAAAAGAUAGGAUUGAACCCAAAAUCAGAAUAGCAGAAGUCGAAAUCCUUAGCAUCUGGAUGGCGUGGGAUGGAGGUCGGAGGAAGGAGCUUGAACUCGUCCGUGGACGGGUUCCAAAAGGGAAGCGCCGCCUUCGUGAGCUAAGUCCUCUGAAGUUCACACCA